GGGAGUGUUUGGUUUGCGUGGGGAAUCUCUGACACUACUCUCUCUCAGGGAGGAACUCCUGGCCGAGAUGGGUCUUGCCACCCGAGAAGACGGGGGUACCGUUGGCGUCUUCUCCCCCAAAAAGACCCCACACUUGGUGAACCUGAACGAGGACCCCUUGAUGUCGGAGUGUCUCCUGUACUACAUCAAGGACGGGGUGACCAGAGUCGGAAGGUUGGAUGUUGACAUUAAGCUGAGCGGUGACUUCAUCCAGGACCGGCACUGUGUGUUUCGCAGCGAGACGGGGCUCGGGGGAGAUGUGACGGUGACCCUGGUGCCGUGUGAGGGAGCCGAUACCUAUGUCAACGGGAAGCAACUGACAGGCCCCCUGGUUCUGCGUCAAGGUAACCGUGUCGUGCUGGGGAAGAGCCACGUGUUCCGAUUUAACCACCCGGAGCAGGUGAGGCUGGAGCGGGAGAGGGGUCCCAGCCUGGGACCCCUUCCAGAGGCGGCCGACUGGACCUUUGCGCAGAGGGAGCUGCUUGAGAAGGAGGGCAUCGAUAUCCGGCUGGAAGUGGAGCGUAGGCUACUGGACGUGGAGAACCAGUACCGUCGGGAGAAGGAGGAGGCCGACCUACAACUGGAGCAGUCCCGGCUGUACGCGGACUCAGACAGCGGUGAUGACUCAGACAAGCGCUCGUGCGAGGAGAGCUGGCGCCUCAUCGCUUCGCUGCGGGAGAAGCUGCCGGCCAGCAAGGUGCAGAGCAUCGUCCGGCGCUGCGGGCUGCCCAGCAGCGGGAAGAAGCGGGCGCCGCAGCCCGUGUACCAGAUCCCCCAGCGGCGCCGCAUCAGCAAGGACCCCCGGUGGGUGACGCUGGCUGACCUGAAGAUGCAAGCGGUGAAGGAGAUGUGCUACGAGGUGGCCCUGAAUGAUUUCAAGCACUCGAGGGAUGAGAUUGAGGCCAUGACGGUAGUGAAGAUGAAGGAACUGUCCCGCAUGUACGGCAAGAAGGACCCCAACGAGCGGGAGACGUGGCGCGCCGUGGCACGGGACGUGUGGGACACGGUGGGCGUGGGUGAGGAGCCUGACGGCCAGCCCGCGGCCAAGGUGGACGAUCUGCGGGCUCAUGUCGACAGGCUGACCGGCAUCCUGCAGGAGGUGAAGCUGCAAAAUAACAUGAAGGACGAGGAAAUCCGGGCGCUGAGGGACCGCGUGCUGAAGAUGGAGCAGGUUGUGCCUGCAGCGAAUCCGGAUGGGAGUCCAGCCACAGGAGGGGAGGAGGUGGGCAGCCCGGCCCUGCGCAUCGGUCGGCUAAUGGAGGAGGAUCCGACUUUCCGCCGUGGGCGGCUGCGAUGGCUGCAGCAGGAGCAGCAACGGGUCCUCAACCUGCAGCAACAGCAGCUGGGCCGCCGGCCGCGCAGGAGAAUGGGCGGCCGCUUCAUCCCGCCGCACGACUGCAAGCUGCGGUUCCCCUUUAAAAGCAACCCGCAGCACCGUUGCUCAUGGGGCCCCAGUAAUGAAUCUACUGACCCUAGCGAUGAACCCGGUUACCCUGGCAACGGGUCUACAGACCCCAGCAACAGGCCGACAGACCCAAGCAACAAUCUGGAUUACCCUGAUAACGGGCUUACAGACCCCAACAGCAGGCCCGAAUACCCUGGUAGAGGGCCUGCAGACCCCAGCAACAGGCCUGAUCAGCCUGGCAAUGGGCCUACAGACCUUAGCAAUGGGUCCAUUCACCUCAGCCACUGGCCCACUGACAUGAGUAAGAGGCCUGGUCACUUAGGCAAUGGGCCCAGCUCAACACCUACUGCUGCUAACUAUGCCUCCCAGGCACCACGGCGCAAGCCUGGGCCGGAUGAGAAGCCUCGAGGACGAGGUCCGAGAGCCUGGCCAGGUCCAGGCACCAUGCACCCCCAGCACCGGCGGCCAUUCCGCCGCAACUCCUUCGAUAACGGGGCCGGGGGCCGCACCCGCUUCCCCCGCCAACCACCCUCCCCUGACGAGCGGCCUCCUGCUGCCCCUGAGCACUGCAGACCCCAGCCCCAGCACUGGGGCCGGAGUUCCGAGUCUGGACCCCACCCCCGGCAGUCUGAGCCUCCCCGCCAGAGAGCCUACACGCCACCUCCUCGCAUGAGGCGGCAGCACUCAGCACCUAAUCUGCAGCAGAAGGGUAACCAUGGCUAACGUAGCCUCCUGCCCUGGGCACCGACAGGGGAGAGGGGCUGAAGGUGCGAUGGGGAGGGGAGGGUGCGAGGGACUAGAGGCAAUGCUGCAAGAAAAUUUGUGCAGGGAGGGGCAGGUGUUGAGGGGAUGGAAGUGUGUCAGGAAGGGGGAGGGGCAAAUGUAGGUGUCAGGAGGAAAGUUGUGUGUCAGGAAUAGACGGUGUGCAAGAGGUGUGUCAGGGAAGAGGAUGUGCAACUGGAGAGUGACUGGGAUGGGAAGGUGUGUAAAAGGAGUGUGCAAGGGGUGUGUGUGUCGGGAGGGGCAUUUGUGUGAGGGGAUUGUGGGGGAAAGGAAUGUAAUGGGAUUGUGGGGGGAGUGUGUAAUGGGAGUGUGUCAGGAGGGCAUAGAGGUGAUUGCAAAACAGGCAGUAAUGUGAGUGGGAGAAGGAACAAUGAGUGUGCAGGGGAGGCAGUAGGAGGUGAGUGUGCAAGGAAGGGGUAGAGGCAAGUGUCAAGAUAGGUAAGAGGCUCAAAGUAGGUGUCAGGAGGGAAGGAGAGUGUCAGGAAUGGUGAGUGUGCAAGGUGUGAGUAACUGGGUUGGGAAGGUGUGCAAGGGAUGUUUUUCAGGAGAGGGCAUAGGGCAUGAAGGUGUGCAAGGUAGGGGGAAGUGUGCAAUGAGAGUGUCUGGAUGGGGAGGGUGUGCAAGCGGAGUGUGGGGGUGGGUACAAG